GGUCGCAAAUUCUUACUCCUCUGGCGGCGGCGGGGCAACGGAGAGGGCGAGGGAUAAGAGAGAGGCUUACGGCAGCAGCCAUGAAGCGAAGGGGGAAGGGCGAGAGGGCCAAAUCUGAUGCGUUCCCCGCUUCCCUCUCCAAGCGCCUUCGACGGCCGCCUCCGACCGAAGCGGCUGAGGGAGAGCCCGCCGAGGCAACUGCCGCCGCCUCGCCCUCCGUCGUCCUGGUCACCGGCCUCCCCGCUGACUGCACCGUGCUGGAACUGAAGUCCCGCCUGGAGAUGUACGGCCCCAUCUCCCGCACCCGCAUCGACGUCGACGGCCGCGGCUUCGUCACCUUCCGCUCCGACCACGCCGCUGAGGCCGCCAUCUCUGCCUCCCUCGACCCGGCCUUCGGUGUCACCGUUCGAUCCAAAAAGGUACUGGUAGUUCGGGCGAGUGAUCCGAUACCAGCAAAGAUGGGAGCAGGGAUUUCUUCCACCUCGAGGCUUCUUCGUGCAGAGAUACCAGCAAAGAUGGGAGCAGGGAUUUCUUCCACCUCGAGGCUUCUUCGUGCAGAAAUACCCCUGAGCCGACAUGGUCCAAGUAAAGAGAAGCUCGAUGCAGGUGCGACUGCAGAGAGGAGCAAAAGCGGACCAGAGGUUUCCCAUGAUGGUCGGGAAAUCAUCGCUUACGAUGAUCUAUUUUGACAAUAGAUCAUGCACUUGGAUUAACCGUGUGAGGUGCCAUCUGAAUGUUAUGUUGUGAUGUAUCAAAUGACUGGCCGUAUGUUUGAGAUUAUUGGCCUAUUUAAUUUGGAUCUGUGCUACCGGUCAUAUGAUGUGUAUAUGGAAGCCGGAAGCCAGAAUCCGAGAUUUGCUUGCUUGUGCGACUACUGCCACCUGCUUGGAUGAUUAGUGCGCUGUGGUGCCAUGUCA